AACUGGCAUUAGAGCGGUGUAACCUAUUGCCGCGAAAGCUAUUAAUGCUAUUGAAACAUGAAAUAUAAUUGUUUUUUAUUAUUAAACAUUUAAAUAUUAUUUAUAAUUAUAUAAUCAAAUUGUUGGAACUUUAUUGUGAUUGUCUGUCCCAGCAUUCAAGUACCGGUGUGGAUUAUUUAUUUUAUUUUGAAUAAUAAUAGUACCGUUGCGGCUGGCUAGUUUUUUUGAUUUUAGAUGAACACUGAAAACUGCUAAUGGAAUCUUCGUCUGUACCAUUUGACAUUCUCACUCGCUGAUCUGCUAAUUAUUUAUUUGAAUUUCAUUGUUUUAAACAUUCCAAAAUGCCUUUGAAAGAUCGGAAGCCUUUCAAAAGAUUGAAACCACCGAAAGAUUUGAAACCAGAUGAAGAAUUGUUUUAUUUGAAAGCUACACAUGAGGUCUUCAGAAAUUACGAUGACUUCUUUGAACGAGUUAUCAUGUGCAACAGUCUUGUGUGGACAUGUGCUCUUACUGGAAAAUCGAAUUUGACUUUUCAAGAAGCUGCUGCUUCUGAAGACGCAGCUCGUCAAAGUCUUAAAACUUUCCCAAGUGCUUUAAGAAAGCCAAUAUUAUAUCUCGCUUCACUAACUCAAAGAAAACGACUAAAUGAAUUGUGUGAUGAUGUAUUUAAUUAUAUGAAAGAUAGGUAUUUUAUUGGAGAAGAAGUAGAAGUUAUCAUCAAUGGAGUUAAGAAAAGCUCCGAAGUGACUCAAGUGAUCCUGCCAGAGCGAAAUGGGAAAUCACCUGCAAAACUAGAAAAUAAUAAACCAAAGAAGCCGAAAGAUAUAUCACCUUCAAAAAUCAAGUAUGAAGUUGUUAAUUACAGUACUGGAAGGACAUCUAUUGUAAAACCAGAUUGUAUGAGUCGGCCGAAGGGUACUUUGACAAAGCCACGUAACAAAUUAUUUCUAAAAAAUCAUACAGUCCCCAAAGAUGGUGUAUGGAAAGUUAAAGAUAAAACUUGGGAAAAGGAGCAGAUGGAUGAAUUUCAGUUUAGUGAAGUUUUUUGUGGCCCUCUUCCAAGUUAUGCUGUGCAACAAGAAAAAAAGAAAACACAUGUGUCGGAAAAAACUGACAAAACGCCUAGUAGAAAGCCAGUAAAUGAGGCAUCUAAUUCAGGUAAAAAAACAAUUCAGGGAAAAUUAAAUUUCAAGAAAGAAACAGCAGAAGAAAGGAAGAAAACACUUGACAAACAAGUAGUAAAUGAAAAGCAAAGAAUAAAUACUGAAAAAGAACGAGAAAGGAAAGAGCUUCUAAAGAAACAGAAAAUCGAAGAAGAAAAAGAAAGACAGCGACAAGAAAAAAUAAAUGAGAGAUUAAAGAAAAAAGAAGAAAAGAAAAUCAUGGCCGAGUACUUAAAUUCAUGGAAGAAACCCAGAGAUGAUCUAGAAUGUGAUGAUUUAAAAGAUUUACCUUUUCCUGUACCUGUAGAUUGUAACAUUCCACAGAAUUGUUUUGGUGAUGCUAUGAUGAUUUUAGAAUUUCUAAACACGUUUGAAAAACAAGUCCAAGUUAAGGAUGUUUUUCCCCAGGGCAUUUCUUUUGAACAAAUUGAAAAGGCACUUGUUGAAACUGAUAUUCAAGGUGCUUUUAAUGAUCUUCUGCAACUUCUUCUGACUGCCAUUUUUCGAUAUCAAGAAGCUGAAGAUGAUAUUGCUGAUCUUAAAAAUAAGACAAUGCAUGAUCUUGGUAACUUGAAUGUAGAUCAAGCCAUGGAUCUUGCAGCAAUUGUUUCAACAUGGCCUCAGAAGUAUCAUGGAACUGUUUUGAGGAACAUACCACUUGAUUCAUUCUCAGUGACUGAAAUAUUAAGACUCCACAUACUUAGUUCAGGAUCUAAACGACGUGUAAACUGGGUGGGUGUUGUUUCUGCGAGUGAAGACCCUGGUCUCUAUUUCAAAUUAGAAGAGCCUGAAUUAUUAAAGAAACUUUCUAAAACGAGUGUUUUUGAAUUAAAUCCAGAGGAACGCUGUAAAAUUAUAACACUGCUUAUUCAUCAAUUACUUGCUUGUGAUGUGUUACGAUAUGCUGUGGAUGAGAAUGCUGAUAAAACCCGCCCGUUGCGACACCAAUUAAAACAACUUCGAUGGGCUCAUUCUCGGAAGGAAAAAGAAGAUACAGAAAAAGGCAAAAAGAAAUCAAACCAACAAAAAGACAACAAACCUGAAGGAGCAGAAGAAACGCCAACAGAAGAAGCAUCCAUGGCAGUUGAUGAGGAGGAAAAAGAAAAUACUGAUAACCUCUCUCCUGAAGAAAAGGCUGAACUAGAAGAAAAAAAGGCCAAGGAGGCUGCAAAACAGAAGGCAGAAUUUUUACGAAAGGAGCGAGAAAUAGAGGCUCAAAUUAGAAAACUUCAGUCUUCAUUCAAUGUUGUACCACUUGGCCGGGACAGGGCAUUUCGCCGCUACUGGGUAUUUCAAACAGUUGCUGGUUUAUUUGUGGAAGAUGAUGAUCCUUUUAAAGGAAAUUGUCUUCCAAAGCCAACUAUUCAGAAUUCUUCUCCAUACUUAACACAUGUACGUUGUGAAACAGCUGCUACUAAUAUUAAAAAGUAUUUACAGAACAUUGAUGCUAAGAGUGGUAGUAGUGAUAAAGAAAAUGAUAUUUUACGAGACAUUGCCAUUGUACAGAGUGAUCUUCCAUUUCCAUUGAAAAACAGAAAACUCUCGGACCUUAAUCCUAGGGUAGAUUCAAAGAAAGGUGUUCUGGACACUAAUUUAUCCGAAAAUGAAAGUUGUUUGCUUUGUAAAAAUAAAAAGAGUGAUAAACAAGAUUUAAUGUUAUAUUGUCCGCAUUCUAAGAAUAUUUUACCUGUGGACCAGUGCAGUGCUAAUAUUGACACUUGCCCAGUUCAUAAUGUGAAUGCUCCUCGAACAAAGUGGUCUUUCUAUUACAAAGAAGAAGAUUUGGACACUUUAAUUUCUAACCUAAACCCCCGUGGUUUCAGGGAACGAUCUCUGAAGGAAGCCCUCUUAAAUGAAAAAGAGAGAAUUAAAGAAAUGUUAUUGAAAUUUCCUUAUAAUGCUUUUAAUAAAUCUUUACAAACAGCUCCUCAGCCAGAAGUGAGAAAGUCACAAAGGCAUCAGAAUUCUCAAAAUUCGAGUUUUGCCGGGAUGUCUCCGAGACAAGCUCAAGAAAUAACAUUGCGAGACAUGAUAUUAGAGCUGGAGCAUCGAAUCUUCCAUGGUGGUCUUGGUUCCCUAAAGGUUGAAGAUCGAGAAGCCUGGCGAUCGACUCUUGAGCAGGGUGCUUAUGAUGUGCAAGUCAAUGACAUUGGAAAGAAAGAAAAGGAUAAAGAAGAUUUUGUUAAAGAAGAAAAUUCUGAUUCUAAAAGCAAUAUUUGUCAUGCUCCUGUUGAACAAAUGGUUAAGGAACUUGCUUUUGCCAUGCUUCAAGUAUCUCAGGGCAUUGAACUGAAAUACCUCAAUCCUCCUUUAGGUGAAAGUGAGGAAAGUAAAAAAGCAAAACAGAAAACUUCUGAUGAUACUGAAUCUCUGAAAAAGAAAACUUCAAAUAAACCUUUAGCAUUGGAGAGAUGGCAGGAGUCCCUGAUGCAGUGCACAAGCCCGUCUCAGUUGUUUGUUCACCUUGGAACUUUGGAGCGAAGUGUUGCUUGGUCGAGGUCUGUUCUGAAAGCGCACUGUAGAAUAUGUCGAAGGCGGGGCGAUGCUGAAAAUAUGUUGCUGUGUGAUGGCUGUAACAGAGGACACCAUUUAUAUUGUUUGAAACCGCCAUUGAAUGCUAUUCCAGAAGGUGACUGGUUUUGUCUCAGUUGCAAACCAGUUGAGAAACCUGUCAGUCCUGAAAAAAAGAUUCGUAAAGUAGAAAGUGACAGUGAAGAAGCAGACAGUGAUGAAGAUGAUGAACAGAGUGUUGAAGAGGAAGAGGAAGAAGAUGAAGAGGACGCUGAUAGUACUAUGGAUGAUUCCUCUGCUAUUCAAGAAUCUUGCGAGGCAUGUGGUGAUGUGGGAACUCUGUUGUGUUGUGAUAGAUGUCCGUUGAUGUACCACCCGGAAUGUGUAAAUCUGAAGCGAAUUCCACGAGGAGAAUGGCUCUGCCCCAAGUGCACUAAAAAAGAGGAAGCUGUAAAGAAAGCACAAAAGCACCCUGCAAGUGGAUCCUAUGGCACCAGGUCAGCUACAAUUGCCUCUGAUGCAAAGAAAAAACCAAAUCCUUUGAGAAAUAAGCUGCCUUCUAGAGGAGUCAAAAGAAAAUAUGAAGACUCCUUUGAAGAGGAGUUUGAACCUUCAAGUAAAAGAUCUAAUAGAGAAAGAAAAUCUUAUACAACUGAUUCAGAGAAAGAAGAUAAUCCUUUCAAAAAAGUUUAUCGAGAUUCUGCUGUAAAUACAGCCCGAAGGAGAUCUAAAACUGGGAACGGGAAUGGAAGUGACAUGCUGGAUUAUAAAGCAUGCAUUGAUUUGCUGGUUGAGUUGAUGCGUCAUCCUUCCAGCUGGCCAUUCUUAGUUCCUGUAAGCAAGAAAGAUGCACCAGAUUAUCAUCAAAUAAUAAAACGCCCUAUGGACUUCGGAACAAUUCGCUCAAAGCUUAAUUACAUGCAAUACAAAACCAAUGAAGACUUCAUACGUGAUGUUUUUCUGGUUCUGCAAAAUUGUGAGUGGUUUAAUCCGAAGUCCAGCCCUGAAUAUAAAUGUGCACAAGUAAUUAAUAAAGAAGUAAAGAGACUUAUACAAGAGUACCAAAUCUGUAAUCCACAGACAAUUAAUAGCCUCGUACCAAAUGUAAAUGAAUCUUGAAAAAUUGUAUUAUAUGACUGUUGCAUAUGUAUUUAGACUCUGAACCAUCUUGAAUAUGAGAUUGUAUGUUGCACACUUCUGUUCAGUGGAUUAUGUUUCCCCGUCGAUAUUUCAAUUAACUAAGCAGAAAAUUUGUAAAAUUGUUUUGUCAUCUAGAAUAUGUUCAGUUUUUGUAAGAGCAAUCUUUUAUUGUAUUUUGUUAAUCAUGUCUUUCCAAAUGACGGUGUUUUAGUUUCAGCUGUACUAUUUAUUUUAAAAUUAGCCAUUUGCAUAAAAAGACUUGACUGCUAUGACAGGUAAGGAGUUUUAUCUUCCUUUCAAUCUGAAAAUUGUCAUAGGAUUUCAGCUGGUGUAUUAUAUAAUUUAUAUAUUUUUGUCCU